CUUAUCAAAUAUUCUACAGUGAAUGACCGAGACACGUCUAUGGUCGUUGUAUAGAAAUAAAAUUAUUUAUAUGCUUGUGGCUUAAAUUUGCUCGACAAACAAUUUUUUUUUUCAAAUUUAUAGUUGGUUUAGCAAUUAGUACCUAUUAAUAUACGCAUAUGUUCUAUCAACGUUUAAUUAGACAUAGGUAAAAAUAUAGGAUGAGAUUCAUUCAUUUUGUAAAUAUUCUAGCAUUUAUGCUAUAUUUAUACAGAAUGCAAUUUUAUGCGAACUUAGCUUAAUGCGUUCCAAUAUUAUAUUUCCGUGAUGCGAUAGUAUUGAAACAGUAGGUAAUUAUGAUAUGCAAAAGGUCGUGACUCCGAUUUCGACCACAUAUGUAUCCGAAUACGCAGUGAUCGCACACACAUUUAAAACAUAAUAAACGAACGUUAUCUUGUUUUACACUGUUUCUAUUAUUUUGUGUUAUAUACGAGUGUAUUUGGACAAUAUAACAAUUAACGAAUAAACAAUACUUUCGCAUAAUGCCGGAGAAGAGAAGUGUCAGUUUAUUGUUUUACGUUGUCUUAAUAUAUGGACCAAAUAGUGCUAGAACGUUCGGGAAUGUUGAACACUGUAUAGACUACUACAAAACCAGAGAUAAUUUCAAUUUAGCUGAUCUGGAAGGUAAACAUUAUGCAGUUUAUUACUGGCCUCCGAUGCAAAGAGAUAGAGAUAGCUGUGCGCUGUAUAACUUCAAGAUACUAAAUCAAUAUGACAUUGAAAAUGCACUAAGCGGAUGCAACAACACAUUGCCAUCAAACACUUCAGUGGUACAAGCGAAAUACGUGAAUACUUUUGGGAAGAAUGUUACACUGCUUUAUUAUGGAAACGAAGAAGUGAAAUAUAUGUAUUUGUCCUGCCAUCGUAUCUCAAGAUAUAUUUUUAUCAGGCUGAAUGAUAACUACGUGCUAGGUAUCAACUGUUCAGCCGCAGGGCGUGGAAUGCUGUUGUCUAGUACUUUACCUUCAGCAAUGGAAGUGCAGUCAAUCGUGAAGAGUACGGAUUUCAUGGCAGGCCGUGAAGGGGGAUCAGAUUGCAACUUAAGACCGUUUUGAAUUAUACCUUGUGUAAUAUAUACCAUCUACUUUUAAACAAUAAUGUUUGAUUUUGUAAUUCCCUUAACAAAUUAAAAUAAAAGAGGCAAUAAAUGGUGCCCGGUGAAAUUAUUAAGGCCUUAUAUGGUCAACAGUGCUGUACUAAUAAAAUA